AUGUGUGUGUUAUACUAUUUACCUUUUCUGUUCGGAAGCGCGAGGGCGGGGGAUAAUGUCUUGGACAUUUUGGAAGCUAAAAUUGUCGGCGGCAAGCCAGUGAAAAUGGAGAGCUUUCCUUUUACCGUGAAGUUCUUUAAUCAAGGGGCCCUCUGUGCUGGAACGAUUUUGAAUAGCUGGAGUGUCUUGUCCGCUGCGCAUUGUUUUGAUCAUAGCAAAGAUAAAACUGAUAUGCUUAUUGUUGUUGGUUCCAGGUACGCAUACGACCACGACGCAGCGACGUAUGACAUAUCUCAUUUUCUUAUUCAUGAAGACUAUUACAAAGACAUGCCGUUUGCAUGCGAUAUUGCUUUAAUUUUUGUUACAAGUCCGAUAAAAUUCGGAAAGAGGUCCCAAAAAGCUCUCCUUGUUAAUACAAACUUAUGGAUGAAUGCCAAUGAGACACACUUUGUUGCGACUGGCUGGGGUAAAAUUAAGUACGACGGGCCGAUAUCCGAGCUGGGGUUGAUGCAGACAGAGCUACGCUACGUGCCUAAGAAGGACUGUGAGAAGAUGCAUAAAAUGAAAUUCACCUCAGACAUGUUUUGUUUGUACGGCGAGGGGGACCGAGACACGUGCAAGGGAGAUUCGGGAGGGGGCGUACUGUGGCACAGGAUGGUUAUAGGUAUAGUGUCACAUGGCGAUGGCUGUGCUAAGAAAGAUAAGCCGAGCAUAUACGCAAACGUGUGGUACUUCAGAAAAUGGAUACAGAAAAAUGUAGAAAAUUUUAUAACGGAGUAUUGUUACAAAAGGAACACGACCUACACAAUAUAA